ACUUCGUUCGACACGCAUCUCGUACGUUCAGAGUUUCGUCGCUACUGCUUUCAUCAUGCCUCCUAAAGCGAGUGGUAAAGCCGUAAAGAAGGCGGGCAAGGCCCAGAAGAACAUCAGUAAGACGGAUAAGAAGAAGAGGAAGAAGAGGAAGGAAAGCUACGCCAUUUAUAUCUACAAGGUUUUGAAGCAAGUGCACCCUGAUACGGGAAUCUCCAGCAAAGCCAUGAGCAUCAUGAACAGUUUUGUCAAUGAUGUAUUUGAGAGAAUCGCUGCCGAAGCAUCAAGAUUGGCGCACUAUAACAAACGAUCGACGAUCACUUCUCGUGAGAUACAAACUGCAGUAAGGCUUCUUUUACCCGGAGAAUUGGCUAAACACGCAGUCAGUGAGGGAACCAAGGCAGUAACUAAAUACACCAGCUCCAAGUAAAGCGACAUUGAAAAAUACAUUGCAUCCUACAUCGGCCCUUUUCAGGGCCAACAUAUGUCUAAAACGUGGAAGUUUUCCGUUUUGCUUGCAGUAUUUUAUGCGAAUAUUUCGACUCAUUAACUUUUAUUUCUCGUGGAUUAAGUACAUUGAUAAAAUAAAUUAUA